AAGACAGACACUGAUGAACUGUACAACAGACCAACAUCUUUUGAUUACAGACAGUGAAUGGAGAGAACAUUUGUAACAAUUCCAGCUUAUAAGGACCACCAGUGAAUCUAGAUCACGUAAGUGUGGAUGCUGGAAUGGGAUUUUCUCACCUGGAGCAUUGCUUGUCCCUGGUCUUGAUGUCCCUGAUAUGGAGCAUUGAUCAAAUGGCAGGAUUUAUCAUAGAUGCACCAAGGGAGGUGACCGUGCAAGAAGGACUUUGUGUGCACAUCCCAUGCACUUUUGCAGUACCUGGAGAUGUGACAUUAUCCCAGACUGCCAGGGGUUACUGGUACAGGCCAGAUAUCUAUGGUGAAUGUGUGGCUGCUAAUGAUGGAUCUUUAGUCUCUGAUAAUGCUAAAGGACGAUUCUUCCUGACUGGAGACGUGUCGAGAGGAGACUGUUCCUUAUCCAUAACUAACACACUCUUUGGAGAUACAAACUCUUAUCAAUUCAGACUUAACGAUACAGUCAUGAUCGACUAUCGUAAUAUUGUGCCCCGUCUGACAGUAACAGCGCUACGUGAUCAACCUGAGAUCUCUCCGGUGAAGAGUUUGGUUGCUGGGCAAGAGGUGACACUUACCUGCACGAGUCCUGGACAGUGUGCUGGAUAUCCUCCAAAUAUCACAUGGACAGGAGUACAGGGGACUUCUAGAACUUUUCAGUCUGAUCAUACAGAUGGUAACAGGACAACCUUCUCCAACUUCACAUUUACAGCUUCGGAUAGAGACAAAGAGUCACCACUCACCUGCACUGUGACAUUCCAGCCCAGCAUGGCGGCAACCAGCAAGACGGUUAUUUUACAUGUUGCAAAUUGCAGGAAUGUGGAUUCUAAAAUCAUUGCUGGGAUUGUAGUUGGCAACAUCAUCAUCCUGAUCCUGAUCUCACUGGGACUCUUCUGUUUUCUUAAGAGAUACAUGGAGAAAAGACCAUUAGGAAAUGGACGCAAUGAGCGUGAAGUAACAGAACCUACUUAUCAGAAUGUGACCGCACCACCUGACCACUGGCGUGACGCCACUGUGGCGGGGAGCGCCGGAGGCCAGGCGGGAGCGGCGGGACUGCCUAGCACACAUGGGUGAUAAGCUUUACAAGGACCUGAAAGGACAGAAAAACGACAUCUACAGCAUUAUUAACUUGCAAUGAGAAUGAAGAGCUGAUAUCCAUGAAGAAGCAUGUAACUGCAGUAAACCCAUGGUGUCAAGAAUCGAUCAGUAUAUUGGAGGUCAUUCCGAGUUGUUCGCUCGCAAGGCGAUUUUAGCAGAGUUGCUUACGCUAAGCCGCCGCCUACUGGGAGUGAAUCUUAGCAUCUUAAAAUUGCGAACGACGUAUUCGCAAUUUUGCGAUUACAAACUUCUUAGCAGUUUCAGAGUAGCUUCAGACUUACUCGGCAUCUGCGAUCAUUGCAGUGCUUGUCGUUCCUGGUUUGACGUCACAAACACACCCAUCGUUCGCCCAGACACUCCCCCGUUUCUCCAGCCACUCCUGCGUUUUUUCCGGAAACGGUAGAGUUUUUUUCCCACACGCCCAUAAAACGGCCUGUUUCCGCCCAGAAACACCCAUUUCCUGUCAAUCACACUACGAUCGCCUGAGCGAAGAAAAAGCCGUGAGUAAAAAUCCUAACUUCAUAGCAAAUUUACUUGGCGCAGUCGCAGUGCGGACAUUGCGCAUGCGCACUAAGCGGAAAAUCGCUGCGAUGCGAUGAAAUUUACCGAGCGAACAACUCGGAAUGAGGGCCAUUGUUACAUUAUACAUAGAGUGAUGCAUUGUGACACCCACAGGAGAGCUGAUUUUUGAGGUUUGGUCAUGUGCAGUCAUAACUCCGUUAAACUCUCUAAUCAUCUUAAAUAUUAUCAUCUAUUAAAGACAUAUCUUACUAAUAUUUGUGAGGAACUUUAAAUUCACUAGAAAAUAAAACAUACAGAUUGGAUUUAUAUUAUUUAAUAUAAAUAAAUAAAUGGCCCUUUAGCCUCAGCACACGAGGAGUUACAAACUUUAUUAUCAAUAUACACCUAUCAUUUCAUUCAUUGGUGAACCAAAUACAGUCUAUGUACUCCCAACAACCAAUCAUUAUACAUUAUACAAACUGGAGCUGGAUAUUAAUCCAGUUUAAUAAAGCAGUCACAUCAUAACAAUUUGAUUUAAAGCAACACGUUACUUUAAUUUCCUAUCACAACAAAUGUCACAUAUAGUAAAUGUCAAAUUGUCAUUGAUUUUAACCUCUAUAUUUCACUGUUUUGUACCCAGCAAAAUGGGAAAUUUUAUAUGUAAAACAACAAUAAAAGAGAAGUUUUAGUAAUUA